ACGAAGGAUAGCCCGAGAAAGGGGCGCCAACCAAAAGAGGCCGCCACAGCAGCCCGGCCACACAACACAAGCACGUACGCACGCACGUGGCACCUACCACCACGCACGACGCAGUGAUGAGGGCUCUCCCGGCGACGGCCGGCCGCGGGGCGGUGGCCUGCGCCGCCGCGCCCGUCCCCCGGAGGUCCCUGCUCCUCUCCACCGCCGCCGCAGGUGCGGCGCUGAACGCGGAGCAGCUGCCGCUGCGGCUGACCGGGGGCGCGGCGGCGAAGAUCCGGGCCCCGGCGGACGCGGCGCAGGCGGUCACCUUCACCAGCACGGACGACGCCCUGGCGUGGACCAACAAGGACAACCGGCGCCUCCUCCACGUCGUCUACCGCGUCGGCGACCUCGACAAGACAAUCAAGUUCUACACCGAGUGCCUGGGGAUGAAGGUGCUGAGGAAGAGGGACAUCCCCGAGGAGAAGUACACCAACGCGUUCCUCGGCUACGGGCCCGAGGACUCGCACUUCGCCAUCGAGCUCGCUUACAACUACGGGGUCGACAAGUACGACAUCGGCGCAGGUUUCGGCCAUUUCGGUAUCGGAGUCAAUGAUGUGGCCAAGACAGUUGAGCUCGUGAGAGCAAAGGGAGGCAAGGUGACCAGGGAGCCCGGGCCUGUCAAGGGCGGCAAGACCGUGAUCGCCUUCGUCGAGGACCCUGACGGCUACAAGUUUGAGAUCCUUGAGAGGCCGGGCACCCCGGAGCCCCUGUGCCAGGUCAUGCUCCGCGUCGGCGAUCUCGACCGCGCCAUAAGCUUCUACGAGAAGGCUUGUGGCAUGGAGCUGUUACGGAAGAGAGAUAAUCCUGAAUACAAGUAUACGGUGGCCAUGAUGGGGUACGGGCCUGAAGAGAAGAAUGCAGUCCUGGAGCUGACCUACAACUACGGCGUCUCCGAGUACACCAAGGGGAACGCGUACGCGCAGAUCGCCAUCGGCACCGACGAUGUCUACAAGACGGCCGAGGUGGUGAAGCUGUUCGGGGGGCAGGUGGUGAGGGAGCCGGGGCCAUUGCCGGGGAUCAGCACCAAGAUCACGGCCAUCCUGGACCCUGAUGGCUGGAAAUCGGUACCAGGCUCCAGGUGUUUGUCGACAACAUUGACUUUGCCAAGGAGCUGGAGUAGUCUGUAGCCAUGGAGAGCGAAAUGUUUUUGUUUCCUCUUUGUUCAUCGGAUCAUGCCUCGCGGCGCUCGUACAUACGCCUUGCAAAAUGAUCCUUUGUGCACCAAGAAACAGAGGAUGCUGGGACAGGGACAUAGCUGCUCCAAAGAUAUCAAAAAAAAUACAAAGCUGACUAUUAGUUCCAACAGGUCUA